UGCACACAUGUAUGGCAUAUUGUCAUACAUAUAUGUCAGAAGACCAGAUUAGGCUAAAUUCAGGAGCUGUAGAUAGACACCAGGGCAUGCAGGAUGUCUUUCAGGCCAAUUGGCUGGAUAUGUGGACAGCUGGUCAACAAAUUUGCUGGACAAGCCCAGAUAAUACAGAGACUCUUCUUGGAAAUUAUAGAUGAGAUUAGGGAUGAAUUCCCCAAUUUACUGAGACUGACAAGCUCAAACCAGGACGGCAAUCGCACCGUGCAGGGGUCUAGGUCUGUUGUGGCGAGAGUGUUCUCUUCCGCUCAUGCGGUAAUGAUUAGGCAUGGGCUAGGUCAUCUCUCCCGCUCUUCAAAAUCAAUUGCUAAAUUCGUGCAGCCACACCUCAUUCAAAAAUUAGCAGGGCUGCAUAGGCUAUCACAUUGUCUCUUGCAGAAACUGAAUGCUCCCAAACAACCUCUUUAUAAAUUGAAGGAAAAAUCCAUAUUCCUUUAUGAUGUCCUUUCCUAUCCAACGAAGACCGCCCUCACUGGUGUAAUGUGCAUUUCUUAUGCAGCACUAAUUUAUCUGGCAGUCUCCAUUAAUAAAGCACUGGGAAGAAUUAAAAGCAUAACUGAAACAAAAAAGAGCUCCAGGGAAAGCAGCAGCGAUGGUCUCGAUGCAGAUGGAUUUCCCAGAGUCAAGGAAAUGGCAAACGGCUCUGCAACUUCCUCCACACACCAGGUAUCUUCAGAGUUGACUAUUAAGGAAUCACCAAGCAGAGGAAGCAUCCAAACACUACUUUUGGCAAUAGAUAAAGAAAAUGAAGAAUAAUGCUCCCUUGUACCCAAUAAAUGUAAAGGCACCCCUGA